ACUGCUGCUGCACCGAGACCCCCUCGCCGACAGCCCCAGGAACAUCGCCUGGACCUGGGGCCCCGCGGCCACAACCAUGUUUGGCAGGAAGCGCAGCGUGUCCUUUGGGGGCUUCGGAUGGAUCGACAAGACCAUGCUGGCAGGCCUGAAGGUCAAGAAGCAGGAGCUGGCCAACAGCUCGGAUGUGCCCCUGCCAGACCGGUCGCUGUCCCCUCCUCUCACGGCACCUCCCACCAUGAAGUCGGCGGAGUUCUUCGAGAUGCUGGAGAAAAUGCAGGGGAUCAAGCUUGAAGAGCAGAAGCCGGGACCCCAGAAGAACAAGGACGACUAUAUCCCGUACCCCAGCAUCGACGAGGUUGUGGAGAAGGGAGGCCCGUACCCCCUGAUCGUCCUGCCCCAGUUUGGGGGCUACUGGAUCGAGGACCCGGAGAACGUGGGCACGCCCACCUCGCUGGGCAGCAGCAUCUGUGAGGAGGAGGAAGAGGACAGCUUCAGCCCCAGCACCUUUGGCUACAAGCUCGAGUGCAAGAGUGAAGCCAGGGCCUACCGCAGGCACUUCCUGGGCAAGGAUCAUCUAAACUUUUACUGCACCGGUAGCAGUUUGGGGAACCUGCUCCUGUCCAUCAAGUGCGAGGAGGUGGAGGGCAUUGAGUACCUUCGGAUUAUUCUCAGGUCCAAAGUGAAGACAGUGCAUGAACGGAUCCCCUUGGCGGGCCUGAGCAAGCUGCCCAGCAUCCCUCAGAUUGCCAAGGCAUUCUGCGAUGACGCAGUGGGACUGAAAUUCAGCCCUGUCCUGUACCCCAAGGCCUCCCACAUGAUUGUGUCCUAUGAUGAGCAUGAUGUCAAGAACACAUUCAAAUUUGGGGUCAUUUAUCAAAAAGCCAAGCAGACGCUGGAGGAGGAGCUGUUUGGGAACAACGAGGAGAGCCCAGCUUUCAGGGAGUUCUUGGACCUGCUGGGGGACACCAUCACCCUGCAGGACUUCAAAGGUUUCCGAGGAGGCCUGGACGUGACCCACGGACAGACGGGGGUGGAGUCGGUGUACACGAUAUUUCGGGACAGGGAGAUCAUGUUUCACGUCUCCACAAAGCUGCCCUUUACCGAGGGAGACGCCCAGCAGCUCCAGAGAAAGAGACACAUUGGGAAUGACAUUGUGGCCAUCAUCUUCCAAGAAGAAAACACACCGUUUGUCCCAGAUAUGAUUGCCUCCAACUUCCUACACGCCUACAUCGUGGUGCAGGCCGAGAGCCUGGGCACGGACCCCCCGGCCUACAAGGUCUCAGUCACCGCGCGGGAAGACGUGCCGGCCUUUGGCCCACCUCUGCCCAACCCCCCGGUUUUCCAGAAGGGCCCCGAGUUCAGGGAGUUUCUGCUCACCAAGCUCACCAACGCAGAGAACGCCUGCUGCAAGUCGGACAAGUUCGCGAAACUGGAGGACCGGACGAGGGCCGCCCUCUUGGACAACCUUCACGACGAGCUCCAUGCCCACACACAGGCCAUGCUGGGACUCGGCCCGGAAGAGGACAAGUUUGAGAACGGGGGCCACGGGGGAUUCCUGGAGUCCUUCAAGAGGGCCAUCCGCGUGCGCAGCCACUCCAUGGAGACCAUGGUAACCAGCCAGAAGAAGCCACACAGCGGGGGCCUCCCCGGCAGCCUCAGCGGGGGCAUCUCCCACAACAGCGUGGAGGUCACCAAGACCACCUUUUCGCCUCCAGUGGCGGCGGCAACUGCCAAGAACCAGUCGCGGAGCCCUAUCAAGCGGCGGUCCGGGCUCUUCCCCCGUCUGCACACGGGCUCUGAAGGCCAAGGGGACAGCCGGACGCGGUGCGACAGUGCAUCCAGCAACCCCAAGACUGUGGACGGCGCGCACUCUUCUCAGGAGAUCAAGUCUGAGACCUCGUCCAACCCCAGCUCCCCGGAGAUCUGCCCCAGCAAGGAGAAGCCCUUCAUGAAGUUGAAGGAGAACGGCCGGGCCAACAUCUCCCGCUCCUCCUCCAGCACCAGCAGCUUCAGCAGCACGGCCGGGGAGGGCGAGGCCAUGGAGGAGUGUGACAGUGGGAGCAGCCAGCCGUCCACAACCUCGCCCUUCAAGCAGGAGGUGUUUGUCUACAGCCCGUCCCCAAGCAGCGAGAGCCCCAGCCUGGGGGCAGCCACCACCCCCAUCAUCAUGAGUCGGAGUCCGACAGAUGCCAAAAGCAGAAAUUCCCCGAGGUCAAACCUGAAAUUCCGCUUUGAUAAGCUCAGCCAUGCGAGCUCCAGUGCGGGUCACUAAUGCAAAAGAGGAGUCCUUCGCCUGUCAAAGGGAAGCCCCGAUUCUGUCUUGGAGAAGGCUCCUAUCCUCGCAGUUUGGGGGUGCCAUUCACUACUCUGACCAUCACUGGCCUGUUGCUCCAUCGGCCACCUGCCCACCAGACCAGCUAUCUGUCCCAGUGCCCCGACCGGCACAGCCCUGCCCGCUCCUUUGCCAAGACACCCUGCGAGCCCCGCCCCAUCUCUGGACAAGGCCUCAUUCCUCCAGGCUCCCCUGCUCCUGACCCUCCAUGUGCUAUGUGUCUGGGUCAUCUGUUACCUUGUUUUUGUCUGCAGCAGCCAGUGUUGGGUGAGCGAGGAUCUGGGUACUGGGGACUCAGAGAGCCGAGAGGCAGAGCCUGGUGG